UGCGAUGGGAGAGGAGCGCCGGAUUUGGUGUCUAUCCCCCAUUUCCAAUUAUAGAUGGAUCAUUUCAGACAGAGAAGUACUGAGAAUCCAGACAUCUGCUCUUCACAUGAAUGCACUCACCUCCUAGAGAACAGGCUGCCAUCAUGCUCUGGAAACUGGUUGAAAAUGUCAAGUACGAAGAUAUCUAUGAGAUGUUAGUCCACACCUAUUCAGCCAUGGACCGGCAUGAUGGAGUCCCCAGCCACAGUUCUAGGCUGUCCCAGCUGGGUUCAGUGUCCCAGGGACCCUAUUCAAGCGCCCCUCCGUUGUCUCACACUCCGUCCUCGGAUUUCCAGCCGCCCUAUUUCCCACCCCCCUACCAGCCGCUUCCCUAUCAUCAGAGCCAGGACCCUUAUUCCCACGUUAAUGACCCCUACUCCUUGAAUCCCUUGCACCAACCCCAGCAACAUCCUUGGGGGCAGAGGCAGAGGCAAGAAGUGGGGUCAGAAGCCGGCUCUCUCCUGCCACAGCCUCGGGCCGCCUUGCCACAGCUCUCGGGACUGGACCCUAGGAGGGACUACCAUUCAGUCAGGCGGCCUGAUGUGCUGUUACACUCGGCCCACCACGGACUGGACUCCGGCAUGGGGGAUAGUCUCUCCUUGCAUGGCAUCGGACACCCAGGAAUGGAAGACGUUCAGUCAGUUGAAGAUGCCAAUAACAGCGGCAUGAAUCUAUUGGACCAGUCUGUCAUUAAAAAAGUUCCAGUUCCUCCCAAAUCUGUGACUUCGCUAAUGAUGAAUAAAGAUGGUUUCCUGGGAGGGAUGUCGGUUAAUACAGGAGAGGUGUUUUGUUCUGUUCCUGGUCGUUUGUCUCUGCUCAGUUCAACCUCAAAGUAUAAAGUGACGGUGGGAGAAGUUCAAAGACGACUCUCCCCUCCAGAAUGCUUAAACGCUUCUCUUCUCGGCGGAGUCCUGCGAAGAGCCAAAUCGAAAAAUGGGGGGAGAUCUUUGCGAGAAAGGCUAGAAAAAAUCGGUUUGAAUUUACCCGCGGGCAGGCGCAAAGCCGCAAAUGUCACUUUACUCACCUCCCUGGUGGAAGGAGAAGCUGUUCAUUUAGCUCGGGAUUUUGGGUACAUUUGCGAAACUGAAUUUCCCGCCAAAGCUGUUUCGGAAUAUCUAAACCGGCAGCACACCGAUCCAAGUGAUCUGCACUCCCGAAAGAAUAUGCUCCUGGCUACAAAGCAACUGUGUAAAGAAUUUACAGACCUGCUCGCCCAGGAUAGGACACCUAUUGGAAACAGUAGGCCCAGCCCCAUUUUGGAACCCGGGAUUCAGAGCUGCUUGACCCAUUUCAGCCUCAUCACCCAUGGUUUUGGGGCUCCAGCUAUCUGCGCUGCCCUCACAGCACUGCAGAACUACCUGACAGAGGCUCUCAAAGGCAUGGACAAGAUGUUUUUGAACAACAGCACCACUAACAGGCACACAUCUGGGGAAGGACCAGGUAGUAAAACUGGAGACAAGGAGGAAAAACACAGAAAAUGAAUUUUUUUUAAAGAAAAGGGAAAAUCUUUUAAAUAAAAAAAGAAAAAAAAAGAAACAUUUUAAUUUUAGCUUUAAAAUAUUGGAUUGGCUUUGGAAGAAUUAUAUUAGGUAGAGCACACACACAAACAAAAGUUAACAAAAAAGAAAAAGAAAGAAAAAUAACUUUAAAUAUCAGAGGCGCACAACGGAGCAACAAUACUGGUUCUUGGUGUCUAUUCAAGAUACACUUGAAGACAACCUCUCGGAUUUUCCACAUCGGUUCUUUCGAUCUUAGUAAUGCUGAUAAUAAUAAUAAUAAAAAAAAAUCCUGAUUUUUUUUUCUUUGGAAAAAUAAACGUAAGACAAAAUAUGAGAAAACAGUAACUUAUUGGAAGAAAAUUCGGAUAAACAUUGGUGGUGUCAGUGCUUUGAAGUCUGGUUGACUGAGAGGCACGAACUGUUUUUAGACCAUUCUUUCCCUUUGUCCUCCCUUCGAACUUCCCCCCUCUCUCAUUCCCAAUGCAUUCGCUUUUCUUCUCCCUCAUUUCUUCCUUAUCUCUAUUCCGAAAAUCUUCUGGGAUGAAAUGCUUGUAUCUGGGUCUUAGAAAUUGUGUUUAAAACCUUUCAUUUUCACUUGAAGCUUCGUUUUUAAGUUAUUGAUACAACUUCCCCUCCCAUAACUUUGAUGGUUAAGAUUAGCAAAAAUUGGGUGAGGAGGAGGAGGUUGAUGGGGCAGGGAAGGGGAGGGCCACCAGUGCUAGAGAAGGUCUCUGUGAUCUUUGGCUGGAAGUAGGGAAAGAGCCUGGGAAUCUGGAAAAUAUGGACGAAUAAGGUGUAUUAGUCGUCUGCUUCAGCUUCCUCAUUUCCUUAAAGAAGUGUUUCUAUUUCCCAGCAAUGCCAGCGUCUACACAGGAACCUCUCAUUGGUUCUAAUAUUUGUGUGAGGUACCGGUUUUCAGAACUGUAGUAAAAGAAAACAAAACAAAAAAACGAAUAAGUUAAUUAGUAUGUAUUCCUUCGGAGGGGUAUGUACCAUUUCAUUCUCUUCUGUUUUCCAAAGCUGUGCCCGCAUGGUUUAUGAGCUUCUUCAAAGAGGACUUGGGCUUUCUACACAAUCUAUAAGGUACAGAGACAAGCAAAGUUCUGAUACUUUUUUAAUCAAAGCCGGUGUUUCAGGAUUCUGCAGGUGCACUUCUUUAAAGAAGCUCAAAGGGAAUAAUUUAGGAAGCACCCGAUAUAUCGAGGUAGAAACGGCUGUCAAAAUGGUUGUUGCUAACAGUGACCUGAGCCCUGGGAUUCUAUGCAGAGAGACCAAAUUACAGGGGGGAAAGGGGAGGUUCUACAGGAAAUUGGGGGAAGUUGAGAAAGGGAAAGGAUCCCGUUAUUCUUCGGUAUUCUUCCUUCUAGUAGAUUCCACCUCUCUAGAGGAAAUUAUUGAGAUGGUCUGUAAUUCUUUUUCUCUCCCCACGAAAAGCAGCGGGGGGAGGGGGAGAAGCAGGCACUUGUUUCUCUGCAUUACUUGCUUUAUGAAUGAGGGUCUUUUUUUUUUUUUCCCAGGCUUGCACUGGUUUUGGCAUAUAGAUGGUAAAAUAAUGCAAAGUGAAAGGAGAUGUGUUUCAGCUUUGAUUUUUGCCGUCUGGAUACAUUUUGACUAUUCCCAGUGGGUAGAAUUUUACGCAUUUAAGAUCUCAUACUUAUGGCAGAACAGCUACUUUCUCUGUCUUAUUUCAAGCAUUAUCUUGAAAUAAGAUAUAGAAUCCAGGCACACCCAAAAAGCAGAGUGAAGAAAAUGCCCGUGGGGGGUAUGUCUCAGAAUUCAGGGUAAACACACAUGCAUGCACUUUCCUAAGCAAGGCCAAGGAGAACAUACUCGUGCAAUUUUAUUAUUCUAUUAUGCACUUCCCCUCAUUUUCCUCUCCACCUUACAGUACUUCUCUAAGAUAAAAAUCCAAAUGCUAUUGGCCUUGAGUUUUGACUUCUGAAUAUUUACAGUAGGCUGCAUACACAUUAAUGCUGAGUUAUUUGCUCAUACACCCCUCCCCCACAUACACACACCUUCUAAUGCUCUCCCUCACCUCCUAUGCAGCAUCCCUUAGCUAGGUGCCUCUCAAACAGUCAAAGCGGCAUCUCCUUAGGAUACAAAAUGAUUGGCAUUUUCAUUUCACGAGGGCGCAUGGCUUCAAGGACAUUUCUUCCUGGUUUUCCUCUUAGCCUUUCAGAAGCAAACUUAAU